ACGCCCCAAGGGGGCCGCGGUGCGCGCCGGGAGCCGGGCGGGCGCUGGGGACUCCGGUGGGGUCUUCUCGGUCGCUCCGUUCCGGUGUUCGCGGCCGUUAACCCGCCCCGCCCUGCCGGCGGUACCGUGUGUCCGUCUGCUCCCUCCUUCCCCCCGCUCUUCUCCUUUCCCCCGCCGCCAUGGCCCUCAACAAGUCCAUGCACUCACGCAACCGCUACAAGGACAAACCGCCCGACUUCGCCCACCUGGCCGCCAAGUACCCCGAGUUCCGGCAGCACGUACAGACCACCCUCACCGGCAGGGUGAGCCUGAAUUUCAAGGACCCGGAGGCGGUGAGAGCUCUGACGUGCACCCUCCUGAAGGAGGAUUUUGGACUUACGAUUGACAUCCCGGUGGAAAGGCUUAUUCCCACCGUUCCCUUGAGGCUGAACUACAUCCACUGGGUGGAGGAUCUCAUCGGUCACCAGGAUGCUGACAAGCAAGUGCUCCGGCGAGGCAUUGACAUAGGGACUGGGGCAUCUUGCAUAUACCCAUUACUUGGGGCAACUUUGAAUGGCUGGUAUUUUCUUGCAACAGAAGUGGAUGAUAUGUGCUUCAAUUAUGCCAAGAAAAAUGUGGAACAGAAUAACUUGUCUGACCUUAUAAAAGUGGUUAAGGUACCACAGAAGACUCUUCUGAUGGAUGCACUGAAAGAAGAAUCUGAGAUAGUAUAUGACUUCUGCAUGUGUAACCCUCCCUUUUUUGCCAACCAACUGGAAGCAAAGGGAGUAAAUUCUCGAAAUCCACGGCGUCCCCCUCCCAGUUCUGUAAAUACAGGAGGGAUCACAGAAAUCAUGGCUGAGGGGGGAGAACUAGAAUUUGUCAAAAGAAUAAUUCAUGAUAGUCUACAACUUAAAAAGAGGUUACGGUGGUACAGUUGCAUGUUGGGGAAGAAAUGCAGUUUAGCACCUUUGAAAGAAGAACUACGAAUUCAGGGGGUUCCUAAAGUUACUCAUACUGAAUUCUGUCAAGGACGCACCAUGAGAUGGGCACUGGCAUGGAGUUUUUAUGAUGAUGUACAAGUACCUUCACCUCCCUCUAAAAGAAGAAAAUUAGAAAAACCCCGAAAACCAAUGACGUUUAUAGUCUUGGGUUCUACGGUUAAAGAGUUAUCCAUCAAAGCUGCAGCUAUGGGCUGGGAUGCUGUAGAAGCUAUUGAUGUGGUUAGAGCCUGGGUAGAGAAGAUUCUCACUGAUCUGAAGGUUCAACAUAAACGUGUUCCCUGUGGAAAAGAUGAAGUCAGUCUCUUUGUGACUGCCAUUGAAAAUUCCUGGAUUCAUUUGCGGAGAAAGAAGCGUGAGAAAAUAAGGCAACUACGAGAACUUCCACGAGCUUCUGAAGAUGUUCUGCAGGCAAUAGAAGAGGAAAAAAACAGCCAGAAGAGCGUGAGCAACAAUUCUGACCGUGAAAAUCCCAAGACUGAAGACUCUGAAAUGGGCUUUACGGCACCUGAUGAGGAUGUCCACUUGACCACAGGUGACGAGCUAAUGGAAGAAUCUUCUGUCAAAGAAGAGCACAGGGAGCACUUGAAGGAGGAGGAGACAGAAACACAGUCGGGAGAAACAUCGCUUGGCAAAGGUUCCAGUAAUGCAGAGGAGGAACCUUACCCUUCAGAGGAAGCUAGCAAUUUGACAGCUGGAAAAGAACAAAGUCCAAAAGAAACUAGUAGAUGUUUUCUAUUGAAGUGCUUAAUGAAUGUGAAGAAAGAAGGAAGUGAUAUAUUAGUAGAAAUGCACUGGGUUGAGGGACAGAACAGAGACUUGAUGAACCAGCUCUGCACAUACUUACGAAACCAAAUUCUUCGACUAGUUGCUAGUUAGUCCUUUUUUCUACUUUGGUAAAGCAAGUCAAUCCUCAGAUUUUGUAAACUAUUUUUAAUGGAAUAAAAUUUUCAGUUAGCAAACCGUGUUUUUUCCUCUUAAAAAAAUAGUAAAGUGGACAUUGAAGUCCCCUUGGAUAUUGUAAAUAGCUUUUUCAAAGCUGCAAGGAGUACACAAAAUGUACUUCAUUGCACAUUAAGCAGUGGGGAAGUAAUAGAUUCUGUGCUGCAGUUCUCUAACUACAUUAAAGUGAAACAUAAUGACUUUCAAAUAUCAACAGUGCUUAUUCUCAUCUUUUUUUUUUUUUUUCUUUCUGGUGCAAUAGGAUUGUAUAUUGUUACCAAGUAGAAAUCUGUAGUGAAAUAUUUUCUUAAAUAUUUUUGUCAAUAUUAAUACAGAAAAUAGUUAUGUGGGAAUUGUUUUCUGCAACUGGGAGUGUUCAACUAAAGCUUUAAGUAUGCCUCUCCUCCCUUUAAUGCAUUUAACCUUUGGUCUACAGAGUAGCAAGAUGGUUAUAUUCUCUAUGUGUCAAUUAAUUAAAUAUUUGCUUCAGAAACAAA